GACGGCAGGACUGGCAGCAGUAUAACACGGCGCGUGCCAGACGGCAGGACUGGCAGCAGUAUAACACGGCGCGUGUCAGACGGCAGGACUGGCAGCAGUAUAACACGGCGCGUGCCAGACGGCAGGACUGGCAGCAGUAUAACACGGCGCGUGCCAGACGGCAGGACUGGCAGCAGUAUAACACGGCGCGUGCCAGACGGCAGGACUGGCAGCAGUAUAACACGGCGCGUGCCAGACGGCAGGACUGGCAGCAGUAUAACACGGCGCGUGCCAGACGGCAGGACUGGCAGCAGUAUAACACGGCGCGUGCCAGACGGCAGGACUGGCAGCAGUAUAACACACAACGGCAGCAGACAGCCGCCACUCGCGCUGCCGCCAUGCUGCGGCCUGCGGCUGCCUGCGCCUGGCUGUCGGCGCUGCCGGCGCUGCUGGUGCUGGCGCGGCUGGGAGCGCUCGUGCGUGCACAGGACGCCUGCGCGUAUGUUCAUUCAGGAUCACAAAGGGGCGUGCCUUAUCACUUAGCUGUGACAUAUUUAUUUCCCGGACUGGCUGACUGGAGUAUUAUGGUCCCACGGCCCCCGGAGUGCGCGGGCGGCUUCGUGGCGGGCUACGUGGCGCGCGUGUGCGACCACGACGCGGCGCCGCGCCUGCGCGCCACGCCGCAGGGCGCGCUGGUGCAGCGCGCCGGCUGGCUGCGCGGGCCCGCCGCCGUCUACUGCACCGUGUUCUGCGCGUUCCCCCGGCUGCCGCCGCGACUGCCGGAGCUGCCGGCGCUGCCCGCGGUGCCGAGCCGGUCCAAGCACGUCACGACCGAACCCGCGGCGGCGACCACGUUCGCAAAGGCAUUACUGUCCACAGAGGAGCACUCGAGCGAGGCAAAAUCAACAAUAGUGGCGACGCUUUCUUCAACAUCGUCGUCAUCCAGUGAGGAGGAGGAAUCAGCAGAGGAGAGCAUUCAGAGGUGACUGCGACGGAGCCUACGAAGAGAAGGUUCGCAUUGUUAUCAAAAUUAAGGAGCGUGCCGUAAUAUAUUCGAUAAAUAAAGUAAAGGAGAUGUUUC